UGGAUUGUCAUUCAGCAGAGGAUUGAUGGCUCGCAGAGUUUCGAUCAAGAUUGGGACACGUACAAGUCAGGAUUUGGUAACUACGAUGCAAACUUCUGGCUGGGCUUGGAGAAGAUGCACCAAUUAACGACAUCGGCUGAUUACAGGUUGAGGUUUGAAGUUCUCGUCAGUGGUGUCUGGGUCUCCGAUGAGUAUGAUCAUUUCGUAAUAAAUUCAGAGAUGGAAAAAUAUUCAAUCAAUGUUUCCGGAUACAGUGGGGAUAACAGCGACGUGUUGAACAAUUUGCUCGAUCUUAAGCUUUACCAAAACGGGAUGAAAUUCUCAACUCCGGAGCAAGAUAACGAUCUGACCAAUUUUUUUAAAUGCUCUUUGAUGCAUCAUUCAGGAUUUUGGUUCAAUGCUUGCUACAACAUAAAUAUGAAUGGUGUGUAUGGCUCAACUUUGAGGUAUGUGUUAAAUAGUGCAGGGAUUUUCAUAACAUCAUGUAGAAUGAUGAUCAAAUUGAAUGCGUAG